UCAGCCUCUCCUCCGAGCAGCUGCUGGUUUGAUUCCUUUCCGUGUCCACAGUUUCUUCCCGGGAGUCCCUCCGUCGUCCUCAUGAACACCCUGAACCAGCAGUACGAGGAGAAGGUGCGUCCCUGCAUCGACCUCAUCGACUCUCUCCGCUCUCUGGGGGUGGAGAAGGACUUGGCGCUGCCUGCUAUCGCCGUGAUCGGAGACCAAAGCUCGGGGAAGAGCUCCGUGUUGGAGGCGCUGUCCGGGGUGGCUCUGCCGCGAGGCAGCGGCAUCGUGACGAGAUGUCCUCUGGAACUGAAGAUGAAGAGAAGGAGAGAAGGAGAGGACUGGUACGGGAAGAUAAGCUACCAGGACCAUGAAAUAGAGAUAGAAGACCCUGCAGAUGUGGACAGCUUGAUUAGAGAAGCUCAGAAUGCAAUGGCCGGGGUGGGGAAUGGGAUCAGUGAUGACCUCAUCAGUCUGGAGAUCGCCUCUCCUGAUGUUCCAGACCUGACGCUCAUUGACCUGCCCGGCAUCACCAGGGUGGCUGUAAAGAACCAACCGAAGGACAUCGGAGACCAGAUAAAGAGACUGAUCCAGACGAUUAUAAAAAAACAAGAGACCAUCAGCUUGGUGGUGGUUCCAUCCAACGUGGACAUAGCGACCACGGAGGCUCUGAAGAUGGCUCGGAGAGUUUAGACGUUUUUUUUGUCUCUCCAAGGCGUCUUGACCAAGCCCGACCUGGUGGACAAAGGCACGGAAGAGUCUGUGGUUGAAAUCGUCCGCAACGAGGUCAUCCCCCUGAAGAAGGGCUACAUGAUCGUCAGGUGCCGGGGUCAGAAGGAGAUCACGGAGAGGGUGUCUCUUCCAGAAGCAACGAGAAGGGAAAAGGAGUUCUUCAACGAUCAUGCUCAUUUCAAGAUUCUCUACAAGGAAAACCUCGCUACUGUUCCUAAACUGGCGGAAAAGCUCACCCUGGAGUUGGUGCAUCACAUCAAGAGGUCUCUGCCUCAACUGGAAGUCCAGAUACAGAAGAAACUGACGGAGACUCAGGCGAAGCUGGACCGCUGUGGCGUUGGACCCCCAGCCGACGCAGCGGAGGAACUGGGUUUCCUCAUCGAUACGGUGGCAGCGUUUACAACGGACGCCAUCACCCUCACCACAGGGGAAGAAAUCAAAAUCGGAGGCAGGGUCAACAUCUUUGCCACGCUCAGAGAACGGUUUGCGGCUUGGAAAAAGAUCAUCGAGGACCACGGAAUACAAUUCAACCUGAACAUCGAGAAGGAGGUGAGUGAGUAUGAACGGAGGUACCGCGGAAGAGAACUGCCGGGGUUCAUAAACUACAAGACCUUUGAGGACAUGGUGAAGGAGCAGAUCAGACAGCUGGAGGGGCCCGCCAUCCUGACACUCAAGGAAGUGGCAGACGUUGUGGCCAAAGAGCUGUCGAAGUUGGCUGAGAGCAGCUUGGUUGGAUUUCCACUCAUCAAAACAGCCCAGAUGAAGAUUGAAGCCAUCAGAAAGGAGAAGGAGAUCGCAGCAGAGUCCAUGCUGAGGACUCAGUUUAAGAUGGAGCUGCUUGUUUACACUCAGGACAGCACGUACAGCAAGAAGUUAGGGAAGAGGAAGAGGGAAGAGAUGCAGAAUUAUACUCCGACUUCUCCUCCAUACAGUUCGACUUCACCUUCAUACAGUCCGACUUCACCUUCAUACAGUCCGACUUCUCUUCCAUUCAAUCGAAGCACUUUGAUCAAUGACAGCGGGGGCACCCUGAGAGAGAUGGUCAAACACCUGAAGACCUACUACAAAAUCGCCGGCCGGCGCCUCGCCGACCAGAUCCCGCUGGUGAUCCGCUACCAGGUGCUGCAGCAGUCUGUCAACCAGCUGCAGAGGGAGAUGCUGCAGUUGUUUCAAGACAAGAAGAUAACAGAGUGUCUCCUUCAAGAGGACCCUGGCAUAAAGAACCAGAGAAUCCACCUUCAGACUCGCCUCAAGCGGCUGUCAGCGGCACGCAAUCUGUUGACUGAAUUCAGUUUGAACACGUACAACUUCAACAAAGGCCGAAAGACAGAACCCAACGCAGGAAAGAACACAACAGCACAGCCACUCCCCCCCCACACACAUCCCUGAGUGUAAAACGAAAAAACUAAAAAAGUUUUAGGUUUAAUUGUGAGCGCCACAUGGUUCAUCGCCAUGACACCGUAGAUCUAAAGUGUACAUAGUGACAGGUCAAACACAACAUUGAAGUAAUAUUCUAUAAAUCGCUUUCUAACAGAAAGGAGAGAAUAAACAUAGAACUAUAUUUCAGUUUUUUUGCCUCCAACAUUCAGGAGGUUUAUCCAGAUGUAGUUUAUAAACGUAGAACCUUUUUCUAUCGCGUCGCAUUCCUUCGUUUCUUUGUCAGCAAGAGGUCCUCAAACGCCUCGUGAAGGCCUGCACAUGCCUGGUAGACCUCUAGAGCCACGAUGUAGUUUUUUUUCAGCUUGGUUCACAUUUAUUAUCUUCACCUUGGGUUUUAAGUUUAGAAUCAAAAUGUACCAUUUUGUCAUAUGUUAUAUAACCGGAGUAUGUGAACAUGUCAUUGUGAUUCCUGAUAUGAAUGAUAAGACAUAUGUUUGUACAAGUGUUGUGAGAUCCGUGUUAUGGAAAUAAACUAUAAAUUCCACACAUGGGAAACACUA